GCGCGGCCUUCAACUUAUUGUUAAUCCACUAUACUUAAAUGAAUAGCUCCGGAAGGUGGGAUAGAAGCCCUCCAUUCCCUGAACCUACAACUGAUAUCUCUGAUGUCAACCAUGUGUACAAUUCUGCUAAUGGGUCGGGAAUCCACUCAGUAGAUGUGUCGUACAAUCCAAAUCAAACUCCUCAACAUGAGUUGCAAACACAAGAUGCCAUACCCGAAUCUGAGUUGAUUGAUUCCAUCACCAGCGCUAAUGUUUCUGAACGACAGAACCCAUUUUUGGACGACCAAGAUAACUACCAUAGUGUCGAAGUCAACGACGAAGAGUCUACAAAUAAAUCGGAUAUUCUUGAAGAGCCUACCAUGGAACAAAUCCAACAAGUGUAUUACGCUAGAGGCUUAAAAGAGAUCGAAUCAUUAGACUUGCAUGACUUAUCCCCAUUGGCAAAUUGGAAGUUGUCUUCUCUCAAACAGGGCUUUGGCUUGGCACAACUCCGAGAUGAUACUCCUAAUAUGUAUUGGCAAAGUGAUGGGAGUAAUGGAACAAAUAAUUCGAACUCCAGCAAUAACGGUGCAAUCACCAAUAAUCAACUUAGUAAUCCCCACUCGAUCACCAUUCAGUUCUCCAAAAGGGUAUCUUUGGAACGAAUCUCGUUGUUCACAAAUUAUAAUUUAGAUGAAUCUUAUACUCCAUCUAAAAUUAAGGUUUUAGCAGGUAGCUCAGAUGGCUGGGAUUUGAGUGAAGUUUGUACAGUGAAUUUCAGUAAACCAGUGGGAUGGUCUCAUAUUAUAUUCAGUGGCAUUCGUAAUGAUCGGGUGUUGAAGUGUUUUAUGGUGAAGUUGGUGAUCUUGGCUAACCACCAGGAUGGGAAAGAUACCCACAUCAGAGCCUUAAAGUGCUAUGGUAAGAAAUCGUCUCUUAACAAUAAGUAUAUGAGUGAUAAUGGGAAUCAUAAUUUGACUGACGAAGAGGUCUUGAAAGAUUUGAGCUUAAAUAGUGCUGGAAUGAGCAAUUCGGGCCUUCUGUUGAAUAACCAAUUGUCUUUGAGUUACGAAAAUAGACUCAGAUACUUUAUGCAUAGUAACAGUAACAUUGAUGUUAAUAAUACCAACGAUGAUACUGAUCAAGAAGAUGACGUCGAUGAUCCAAACUUACCUAUUGACCAAGAAACUUCCAGGAUCUUGGGAAACGCAUCUGAUGUGAUAGGAUUUAAUACUGGUUUUCUGAGUGUAUCUUUGAAGAGUGUUUCGUCCAUCAGAUAAUUCAUAUUUGCACUUGUUCUUAGCUCUGUAUAGAUUAUGAAAAUAUGUAAAUAAAUUUAACCAGGUUACGCCUGAAUCUUUAAAGAAAAGUCAAUAAUUCCACAACCCUGAUGGAUAGAAGAAGUUGAGUAAAUGUCAAUGUCAUUGCACAAGUAGGAACCCAAGUUUUGUAAGGUCAAGCCACCAGAGCACUCCAACAAGAAAGACUUAUUUUGACCUUGGUAUUUCCUUUUCAAGCUCUGCGCUGCAACUUGUAGAGCGGGACCAGUGAAAUUGUCCAACAUUAUAACAUCAGCACCAGCAUCAAUGGCUUCACAGGCAUCCUCUUCAGUGCUAACUUCAACCUCGAUUUUGACUGCAAACCCACAAACAGAUCUUGCACUUUGAACAGCCUUUGUGAUACUUCCAGUUGAAGUAACAUGAUUGUCUUUCAACAUCACCAUAGAACUCAAAUCAUACCGGUGAGUAUCCACACCUCCAACUAACAUUGAGUACUUUUCAAGAACCCUUAAGCCUGGUGUGGUCUUUCUAGUUCCAGCAAUAAGCCCUUUGUAUCCGACUUCAUCUGCUAAUUGCUUGGUUAUAUAGGAUUGAGUAGCAAUUCCUGAAGAUCUAGCUAAUAAGUUCAAGGCUGUUCUUUCAGCUAAUAAAAUGUGAUUGGCAGGUCCGGUGACGAUGGCCACCACAAUUUUGCCCUUAUUCUCGGCUAACUCCUCUGAAGUAAUGUACUGGGCUUCCUCGUAAUGCCAUUGUACCGAGAGGUUACACUGCUUAAAAACCUCGGCGGCGAAAGGUAUACCUGAAAUCAACCCACUUUGUUUCAUAUACAAGUAUGCUGUCUCUUGUUUAGUUCCCACCACAAACCCACCAAAGUCGAACGAAGGAACAUCUUCCAGUAAAAAGUCUGUGAUCUGUUGCUUCCAUUUUCCGUUAGCAGGAAGCAAAUUGGCGUAUGGAGAAGACAUGGUUCGGUAGUAUUGUCC